AUGGGCCAAUCAGAUUCAAAACAUGCAGAAAAACACGUAGAUCAACACCAAGAAGCGAAAUCAUGCAUUCCCUUAGGAGAUGAUUGUAUAUUGAACAAUCAGUUUCAAACGGCUAUUCAAUACUUUCAGAAAGCCGUGAAAAUUGCACAAGAACGUGGAGAUAAAGAAGACGAAACAAAUGCGUAUAUUGGGUUAGGAAGUGCUUAUAGAUCGAACAAUCAAUUUCAAACGGCUAUUCAAUACUUUCAGAAAGCCUUGGAAAUUGCACAAGAACGUGGACAUAAAGGAAGCGAAACAAUUGCGUACAUUGAGUUAGGAGAAGCUUAUAGAUUCAACAAUCAGCUUCAAACGGCUAUUCAAUCCUAUGAAAAAGCCUUGGAUAUUGCACAAGAACGUGGUGAUAAAGAAGACGAAACAAAUGUGUAUAUUGGGUUGGGACGUGCUUAUACAUUGAACAAUCAGUUUCAAAAGGCUAUUCAAUACUUUCAAAAAACCUUGGAAAUGGCACAAGAACGUGGAGAUAAAGAAGGCGAAACAAAUGCGUAUAUUGGGUUAGGAGAAGCUUGUAGAUUGAACAAUCAGUUCCAAACGGCUAUUCAAUACUUUCAGAAAGCCUUGGAAAUUGCACAAGAACGUGGACAUAAUGGAAGCGAAACAAUUGCGUACAUUGAUUUAGGAAUGCUUAUAGAUUCAACAAUCAGCUUCAAGCGGCUAUUCAAUACUUUCAGAAAGCCUUGGAAAUUGCACAAGAGCGUGGAGAUAAACAAAACGAAACAAAUGCGUACAUUGGGUUAGGACGUGCUUAUAGAUUGAACAAUCAGUUUGAAACGACUAUUCAAUACUUUCAAAAAGCCUUGGAAAUUGCACAAGAAUGUGGAGAUAAACAAAACGAAACAAAUGUGUACAUUGGGUUAGGACGUUCUUUUAGAUUUAACAAUCAGUUUCAAACCGCUUUUCAAUACUUUCAGAAAGCCUUGGAAAUUGCACAAGAACGUGGAGAUAAAGGAUACAAAACAAUUGCGUACAUUGGGUUAGGAGAUGCUUAUAGAUUCAACAAUCAGCUUCAAACGGCUAUUCAAUCCUAUGAUAGAUUUAACAAUCAGUUUCAAACCGCUUUUCAAUACUUUCAGAAAGCCUUGGAAAUUGCACAAGAACGUGGAGAUAAAGGAUACAAAACAAUUGCGUACAUUGGGUUAGGAGAUGCUUAUAGAUUCAACAAUCAGCUUCAAACGGCUAUUCAAUCCUAUGAAAAAGCCUCGGAAAUUGCACAAGAACGUGGUGAUAAAGAAGGCGAAACAAAUGCGUAUAUUGAGCAAGGACGUGCUUAUCGAUUGUAUACAAUCAGUUUCAAACGGCUAUUCAAUACUUUGAGAAAGCCUUGGAAAUUGCACAAGAACGUGGAGAUAAACAAAACGAAACAAAUGCGUACAUUGGGUUAGGAGAUGCUUAUAGAUUCGACAAUCAGCUUCAAACGGCUAUUCAAUCCUAUGAAAAAGCCUUGGAAAUUGCACAAGAACGUGGAGAUAAACAAAACGAAACAAAUGCGUACAUUGGAUUAGGAGAUGCUUAUAGAUUCAACAAUCAGCUUGAGACUGCUAUUCAAUACAUCCAAAAAGCCUUGGAAAUUGCACAAGAACGUGGAGAUAAACAAAACGAAACAAAUGCGUAUGUUGGGUUAGGACGUGCUUAUAGAUUGAACAAUCAAUUUCAAACCGCGAUUCAAUACUUUCAGAAAGCCUUGGAAAUUGCACAAGAACGUGGAGAUAAACAAAACGAACCCAAUGUUUACAUUGGCUUAGGAGAUGCUUAUAGAUUGAACAAUCAGUUUCAAAUGGCUAUUCAAGGUGGUCAUUCCCCUUCAAAACGUGAAUUUUGA